AUGCUUUCCAACAAUGCCGGCGCCUCAGAUGAUCCGACGCCUGCUCUUCCGUCCACGAACGAAGCGCCCCCAGCCGGUUCUCCUCUGGGUCAGCUCGAACUGCAAGAUGGACCCGCUGAAAUCGUCCGCUGUCCGACUGGUCUCCUGGAUCUGCCGGAUGAGCUUCUCGCAGUCAUUUGGGAAGCCGUUUUCGCCCACCGAUGUCCGCAAAUUGGCCAUCUGCUUUCUGAACAAGCGCAUCACGGAAGUGAUCCUACCAUCAUGGUGGCGCAUGGUGAUCCUGGAUGUCGCCCCAGUGCCAGGCGACACAUCCAACACCUUGUCUUCAGGCCCGAAAAUGUCCUUCACCCUCUCCGGCUUGCCCUUGCAGCAGCCACACAGCUCGAAUCACUCACCGACGUCGUUAUUUCCUUGGCCGAGGAAUCGACAAGUCACCCAGUUUGCCGCUACGCCGAAAUCCUUGCUAGUCUGCCGCGCCUGGACAGGCUCUGCAUGAUGGGAGCCAUCAGCGGUCUCCACCUGCGCUCUCUCCACAUAUUAUUGUACAAUGACCCCGACGCUGCAAGCGAGGAUGGCUCCAGCCUUUCCGACUGUUUCUAUCAACAGCUCUUCCCCAUUCUAAAAGAUCUCGGUCUUCGCGAUCUCGCCGUGAGCGAGGCGACACACGCACACUGGUCGUUCCUCGCCGAGCUGGAACCGCUUACCACGGUCACUAGUCUGUACUACGAGGCUCUACUUGACGAGGGCUCCGAUACGGACAGAUGGCGUGGACUUGCUCGCCUUCUUCCACUCUUCCCUGCACUCAAAGUGUUGCGACUAUGGCUCUUCGAUUUCUGUGACCUUGCAGACCUCCCGCCUGCAAGCAACCAUCCGACACUCGUCGCCGUCUUGGCGUUCCUCAAAUCUACUCAGGUUCGAGCAUUACAGCUGGAUGGGAAUGAUGAGCAGAACAUCGUGCGUGCCACGCGCUACAUUGGGGAGGCAGAGUUCAAGCUCGAGCGCUGCAGAAAGGAGGACGGAGGACAGAGCGUUGACGAAUCUUGGUAG